AUGUUUGAUACUCACUUUGCAGCACGACCCAACGCAAGAUCCGACGACUGCACGCCUCCCUUCCUGGAUGACAGCCGAACCGGGGGAAGCUCCUUCGGGGCACUGCCAACGACCAUCACCACCACCGCCACCAUCGAGGCCAUCGAAGACACCGCCUUCUUCCUCCCGCUCCCGCUCCCGCUCGCGCUCCUGCGCCGCAGUCACCUCCCCGACCGGCGAGACGCCAGCACCGACUCCACGAUAGCCGACUGA